UGGCUAUGCACAAAAUGUAGCCAUCAUAACAUUGAGUAUUGUAGUUGACUCUCACUUUUUCAAUCUAAUGUCGUCGCCGCUCUUCUGGAUAUCAUGGUGCUUUUCCAGUGUGAUCCCGAGGUCCGCCAGGAGGUUCUAGCCGCCAUCCUUGGCCAAGAUCAGUUUCACGAUGUGGAUUUAGUGGCCCAAGGAGGAAUUCGCUUCUCGUCCCAUCGAUUGAUCUUGGGUUCCUCCGCCCAAGUGUUCCAUGAUAUUCUCGUAGAUGACCAGGGAAUCCACGCUCAAGAGAUCCAUUUGCCGGAUUUUCGGCCCAGUCAGUUGAAAGAGUUGCUGGAUUUUGUAUAUGGACGAGCUCGAGAACCCCUGACGUCCGAUUUAGGGCGUUUCUUGGCCUUGAAUCGGAAGGUGGCCUUGCAAGGAGGUGGGAGUCGGAAACGAAAAAGACUGGAAGGUCUAGAUAAAAGUCUGAUAGCCAGCCAAAAAUUUCACAAAGUGGAAAGUGAUGACGAUUUUGAGCCUUUAAAAGGAGGUGAUGAAGACGAGGAUAGUAGUAGUAAUUGCAGUAGCAGUAGUGAUAGCAAUGUAAGCAGUAUUAAUUCUCGAUCCCACUGGGCGGAUCAUGAGGGUCAGGGCGUUAAGCUCAAGGCGGAUACCUCGACAUUGUGGGCCACGUCGGAAUGUCUUCAGCUUUUGGUGAAUUCUUAUGCUACCUUAAAUGUCGAGGCGAGUUCACCGUUGACCCUAGUGGAUUUUGAAUCUCAAUGUCAGUCUUUGGAGACGGAGGCCGCUUUUCGAGCAUUGAUUGGGCUUCGUCAGUUGAGUGAUGGUAGUUUUGAAGGCCAAGCAAUGGCUUACAGUCAGCCCAAGGCCCAAAAAAUGGCAUCUCAAUUCGAUGAAGUGUCUUUAGCCAUUCGGGAAGUGACCGGAUUCUCGGCGGGUCAUUGGCUCUUCCAAUCGCAUUAUUUCACACGACAGGGAUUGAAAGUCCCGAAAGUGGUGGAAUCGCUGAAAGCGGGAUUGAAGGAACGGAUGGAACCAUUUACAAACGAGCAAGUGGAAAAGAUCUUGAGUGGCGACCAGAUCCAAUCGGUCAUUAAAUCCGGCAAAUCCCGCGGCCUUCCCGAGCUGGAAAAGCUCUCCGUGAUCUCCGUGUCCAUGACGGACGACAUUCCGUUCGAUCAUUUGGAUGAUGUCGUUUUCGUGUACUUUCAUUCGUCUUCCAAGAAGAUCUUCUUCAAACAAAUCGAGGUCCAAGAAAAGGACGUCAAUCAAACCGCGGAGCUGUGGGCGAGAACUCUCCUGGAUGUUUGGGCCAACAGUUCCAAUUCCAAGAUUCCCAAGAGCCAGUUUCUGAUCGAACGGUUUCAUUCGGUGUCCGAAUCCAUGAUCGUGUUCAGUGCCGCCCAAGGUCUAUUAGAAAGUCGAGAGGUCCGAUGUCCGGAUUGUGGUGAGGUAUUCUCUUUGACGACCUCCAAAGAACGCGAAGCUUUUCAAGAUCACACGCGCAACCAUCAGGUCGAAAAGUUCAAGUGCGAAUGUGACGUGGUUCUGACAUCAAACGUGGAUAAGAUUAAGCAUAUUCAGUUGGCUCAUUCCAACGGAAAGUUCUUGAAAUGUGAGGAUUGUGAAUUCAUCGGAAUUGAGGCCGAAGUGACGGAGCAUCGAACCAAGCAACAUCAGACAUUUAUUUGUGACGUUUGUGCCACGGUGAGUAAGAAUUUGGCCAAGCACAAGAACCACGUGAAGAAGCACGUGCCUAUUAAGUGCAAGGAUUGUCCCGAGGAGUUCAUCGGUAAAGCCAAUCUCUUGGAACAUCGAACCAAAGUGCAUGGGGAUCGAUUUCCGUGCAAGUGGUGUGGCAAGGUGUUCAGUGCCACGUGGAAACUCAAGACUCAUAUCACGGGUGCUCAUGCCACGCCUAGAUUCAUGUGUGAUCUCUGUGGACAAGAGUUCCGGCUCAAAACGACAAUGUACCGACACAAGAUCAGUGUCCAUAUCAAGAAUCGACCAUUCGUGUGUCGUUAUGGGUGUGGAGCGGAUUAUAACGACGAGUGCAAUCUCAGGACUCACGAGAAGAAAACGCAUGGAGGUGCUUUUCAAGGAGCUUCAUUCAAUCAUAUUUACAAGAACCUUUGACUCCCGCAUAUGCGUUUGGCUUUUACGUAUUACAUGCCUUCUAAUUGAGUUCAUUAGAAAUAGUAUCUAUCUUCAUGGA